AAGUUACAAUCAGUUGAAAGACAUCCGUCGGACGCCACAAACGUGUUUUGUGCUCAUUUUUUGAAUAGUGGAAUCUGUCCCAUAGAUUCUCCAGAUCCAACUCUUUCUCCGAAAAGAAGGUUUUGAGACAAGCAAAAGACGUUGAACACAAUGCAAAGUUGAGUUUUAAUCACCGUGAACGGUUUAGUGAAGUUACCAGAGAUUAAAAGAAUGCCCACAGUCACGAUUCAUGGGCAUUGACGACUCAAGUACAGUGAGACUGAUCAGUGCGAGUUUGACUAGUUUGACUUCUUGCAAAUUGUUUCGUUUGCCAAAAAAUUCGCAACGAAAGAGUGAAAAGAUUGUCUUUGUCGCGAAGACGCUGUUUUUCCGAAAUGGCAAGCAAUGGACUACUGUCGCAAGGCUUGACUAGACUAAAUAAGCCCUUCUGCAACUACUCGUCCUGGAUGCGAAGAAGACAAUAUGAAGAAGUACCUGACGAAUUCGAGCUGCCUUACCACAACAACCAUCAAAGUGAAAUUGUCGAUUCUAGCGGUCAACCUGUUAUGAUCAAAAUAGACGUGCCAGUGCCUUUACGUGAUGAACCGCGAUUCCCGAAGGAAAAGUGGAAAACAUUUUACUCAUUUGUGAUAUUAGUCGUCAACUUCAUCCUGGCCACUGUAUCACUGUCGCUCGUGCACGAGAGACUGCCGGAUCGGGAGAAGUAUGCGCCCCUGCCGGACGUUGUGCUGGACAAUGUGCAGCAAAUGGACUGGGCGCUGGAUGUCAGUGAAAUUCUCAUCAUGCUCGGCGUGAAUUCCUGCAUCCUCCUUAUCAUAUUCCACAAACAUAGGUUCAUUGUAAUGCGUCGCGUUUUCCUCCUGAUGGCACUUCUCUACCUCAUGCGCUCCAUCACAAUGUACGUUACGGUCUUGCCGGUGCCCAACACGACGUACUUCUGCAGUCCAAAGUCCAAUUCAACGACGCCGCUCUUGAUCGCCAAGCGCGUCUUUCAGCUCCUCUCCGGCUUCGGGUUGUCCAUCAACGGCAAGCACACCUUCUGCGGUGACUACAUUUACAGCGGUCACACUGUCAUGCUUGUUCUUGCCUAUCUGAUUAUCAGCGAAUAUUCGCCGAAGCGCUUCUACAUAAUUCAUUGGGCGGCUUGGCUGAAUGCUCUUGUCGGAAUUAUAAUGGUUCUUCUGGCGCAUGGACACUACACGAUCGACGUACUUAUUGCAUACUUUGUGACAACGCGCCUCUUCUGGCUCUACCACACGCUGGCCAACAAUGGCCAACUCCUCAAGCAAUCCCCCAACAACUACCUGUGCCGCGAGUGGUGGUUUCCCUACUUCCGGUACUUCGAGAAGAACAUUAGAGGUCCCGUUCCGCGACAGUAUGACUUUCCCGUCUCGUGGCCGAGGCGAUUCUUCAGCAAACUACCGAGUCGCGAGAGUUAACACGCGUCUGUGCCACGAUUCUGAAGACAAUGUGAUGAAAUUGUGUGAUGCGUGGAACGAUUUUCGUCUGUUUGCCGCAUAAAAUGGGAGAAGGUGUGCCACAAAAGUUAGAAUAUGGAAUAGUAAUUAAGUAUAAUGUCUCUAAUAAUUGUGAAAGUGAGACAAGAAAAUUUUCUUUGCAAAAAAUACUUCAUUAUUUAGGUGACAAAUUGUAAAAAGAAUUAGAGAGAGGUUCCAAGUCAUUGUUAAGCUAUAGCUUCGAGCUCUUAUUUUCCAAAUAUCCAGACUUUGGGCGAUUCUUACGUUGUGCAAAUUUGAAUUAAAUCUUCUUUAAACUGUGGAAAAAAUGUGCAAAGUAUUUUUGACGCCUUUUUCAAUGCUUUGAAUGGAGAAUAUGAGCUUGACGACGCUUCGCAAGAGGCAUUUUCUACCUCAAAGAACAUCCUCAAAGAUAUUCUGAUGCAAUUGAUAGAGAGAGAAAAAAAGAAACAAUGGCAGUUGUUAAGGAACUCACAAAGUCUGAAUUUAUUUUCUAGUAUUUCCGCCUUAAAUUUGUAAUGCUAGCCGUAAGUAGAUAUACAAAUAAACUUGUUAUAGAUAUUUAAAAAGAGAUACUUUGUAUAUCUUUUAAGAAAGACAAAGAUCAUAAUUUUAUAAGGAAUUGUAAAUAGGAUAAGAAAGAAUUAUAUAUGUUAAUUUGGGAAGUGAAAGAAGAUUUGGAAAAGUGAUUGAGAGAUACAAAUUCCUCUUGUGAGUUAAGAAAGCUUUAGUCUAUGUAUAUAUCAGUCUUACAAAAAUGUUCAAGACACAAUUUUAUCGUGAUUCAAUUGACCAAAAUGACGAAAUCUUCAUCUACAUUCUUAUAAUGUCUGUACAGGUUAUCAUAAAAUGAUCAGCAAAUAUGUAAAACAUUAAUUGAGAGAUAAUCCUGAAGUAAAUGUGCAAUUAUGUUAGGAAAAGAAUUGAUGGUGCAACCAAAAAUAUUGUCAUUGACUCACCUCAAGUUCAUAAUAAUCUUUAUGAGAAAAUUACCUUGUCAUCUCUUCAUCUAACAUUUUUGUUAAUAAGAGAUUCUGUAUAAAUAAAGUAAAAUAGUAUGCAUUUCAAACAUAAA